UAACCAGUUUCAAAUAGAUUUUAAACUUUAAACAAUUCCACUUUAAUUUCAAAAAUUUUCCGUUCCUUGUUUUGAAAAAGUUCACCAUUUUGAGCAUAACAAAACUACACACUCGUGUCCUGUAUACAAUAAUGUAUGAGAAAUCAAAGGGCAAAUUUAGGCAGCCAAAUUGGAUCUAGCCAACGACGGUAUCAAUACAGUUGACAUCAAGAUUGAUCUGAUAACAACUAUCAUAGUUAAAGGGAUAGAAUUCUAGUGUGUGUAUUGACCAUUUGGUAAUUGAUAACCAAUGUCAAGUUCAGAUGAAAUAAGAGCCAAACGAUUAGCCCGAUUGGCUGCAUUAGGAAGUAAUAGUAGUGGAACUGGAAGUGCUUCUUCUUCUUCUACCCCUACAUUACAGAAAGAGGAAUCGGAAGAAUCAAAGAAAUCACUGAUUCCUCCAGUGUCUGUUGCAAAACCAAGUGAAUCCCCACAAGUAAAGCAACAAGACGUACCCAUCAAACCAUCCACUCCAAUCACUCCAAAAGAACCAGUGAUUGAAUUAUCGGAAGAAGAACAAGUAUCAAAAUGGUUUAGUCAAGAAUUAGAAGUGAUAUUUCAAGCUACCAUUGAUCCAACUCAUAAUACAAGAGGAUUAUUAAUGUUAUCAGGAUUAGUAUCAGACCUUGAUGAUGGACUUUUAAAUGAAGAUUCAAUUGAACAAAUCUAUAUGGAAAUCUUAUCUGAAGUUGGAAUCCCAGCUCCUUAUAAGACUACCUUGGAAUAUCUUUAUAGUGUUUAUCAUAAUGCAUUCAGAUCAAAAAGAAUCUUACCUGUCAGAUCUGCUUUAUAUGCUGCCAAAACUUCAAUUUUAAAUAAAAUCAUCAAAUUUGCAUCAUCUUAUGGUUUCAUAGCAUUCCAAGUUCCUGAAAUGUUUUUGAAUAAUGAUUUGGCCAUAUCAAUCGAUUUAUUCAUUAGAAGAUCAGAUGAUUUAACUCCAUUCUUAAGUGAUAUCGUUAAUGCAGCUAUUGAACAAGAAUCAUUAUUAACAUUUUUGAAUAUUUUCGUUCCAUACAUCAGUGCUAAACUUCAUGGAAUCAAUAUUAGUGAUAGAGAUUAUGUUAAUUAUAUUGCUAUCUUUGAAAGUUUAGUUAAUAUCAAACCUGUGGCUGCCGUAUUUUCUCAAAUUGAAGGAUUCCAACCUCCAUCUGAUAAACAAUGUUUAGAUUUUGAACAUCGAACUUUAUUAGGACCUUUAUUAAGAUUAUCACCAUUAUUAGAUAAAGUUGGUACUUAUUAUUUCACUGAAAAUGUCAGUAAUGUGGCUCCAACUCAAAUUAAUGGUAUUUAUGAAUCCUUACAAAAUGAAUAUAAAGUAUUAAUUGAUAGAUUAUUUUAUAUCAUUGAUAAAUUAAUUCGUGGAUCAGUUGAAACUCGUGAAUCAUUGAUUGUUUGGUUUGCUCAAUUGAUUAAUUUAAGUCAUUUAAGAAGAGGGGGUCAUGCUGAUUUAAGUAAAUUACCUUCGGAUGGAAUUAUGCUUAAUAUUUCAUUAAUAUUGAUUAAAUUAAGUAUGCCAUUUUUAGAUUAUCCAACAUUUUCAAAAAUUGAUAAGAUUGAUGUUGAUUUCUUUGCUAAAAGUAAUUUAAUUGAUAUUCAUGAUGAAUCAAGAGUUAAUUCUACUAUUCAAGAAGCUGAUGAAUAUUAUAAAUCAAGAAGUGAACAAAAUGAAACUUUAACUGCUCCAAAUUUCAUUUCAAGUUGUUUUAAUUUAACAUUGGCAUAUGUACAUUAUGGUAUGGGAGGGAUUUAUUUACAUUAUGAUAGAUUAAAGAGUCAAAUUCGUCAAUAUGAUGAACGUAUUCAAAUGAUUCAACAAAAUAGAACUCCACCUGGGGUUAAUCCAUCCAUGGCAAGAAUGUUACAAAGUCAAUUACCAACCUUAACUAAAACCGCUAAUGCUUUACAAAUUACCAAACAUACUAUUCAAGCCAUUUUCAGUUAUAGACCAUUACAAUUAGAAAUCUUUGAUUUUAUUGUUGGUUCAACUACAUUUAUAACUAAAUUAAUUGAUCCUCAUCAUAAAUAUCCUCAAGUUAAAUUAGAAAUUCCAAUUUAUAAUAUCACUAGUGUAUCCCAAUUAGAUGAUCAUGAUUUUUUAAAGACUAAGACACCAGAACCAUGGAAAUAUUAUCCCGAAUUCAUCUUGGAAGGAUUAAUUAAUUAUUGUAAGUUUUCGACAAAUUUCAGAGGAUGUCCGUUAGUAUCUAAUUUUGAAAAAUUACAAUUAUUUAUCGAAUUCACUACUAUAUUAUUAAGAUGUCCUGAAUUAUUAGGUAAUCCACAUAUGAAAGCUAAUUUGAUUGAAGUAUUAUUCAUUGGAUCAUUACCUAUGCAAAAUGGUGAACCAGGAUUCAUAUCCCCCAUAUUCAAUGGCAAUAAAUUAGUGAUUAAUAAUAUCUUAUAUUCAUUAUUAGAUUUUUAUGUUAUGGUUGAGAAGACGGGAGCUUCAUCACAAUUCUAUGAUAAAUUCAAUAGUAGAUAUUAUAUAUCUGUUAUCUUAGAAGAAUUAUGGAAAUAUCCGAUUUAUAGAAAUCAAUUGACAGAUUAUUCGAAACAUAAUGUUGAUUUCUUUAUUCGAUUCAUUGCUAGAAUGUUGAAUGAUACCACCUAUUUAUUAGAUGAAACAUUUAAUGAAUUGAAUUUGAUUCAUGAUUAUCAACAAGAAAUCAAAAACAGAGCUUCCAAUGCGGAAUAUAGUGCCAAUGAAGAAUUAGGUAAUGAUGAAGAAUUACAAGAGAAAUUACAAUCAAGUGAAAAGAAAGCUAAAUCCUAUAUGGGAUUAUCGAAUAAAACCAUGGAAUUAUUUAAAUUAUUCACUAAGGAAGUACCACAAGGGUUUGUUCUUCCUGAGAUUGUUGAUAGAUUAGCAGGAAUGUUAGAUUAUAAUUUAUCAAUUAUGGUAGGACCAAAAUGUACUCAAUUAAAAGUUAGUAAUCCUGAAAAGUAUGAUUUUGAUCCUAAGAAGAUUUUAAGUUAUUUAUGUGAGAUUUAUUAUAAUUUAAGUAAACAAGAUAAAUUCAUGAUUGCUGUGAGUAGAGAUGGUAGAUCAUUUAAUCUUGAUUAUUUCAAGAGAGCCAAAACUAUAUUAACUACCAAGACUUAUAUUGAUAUUCUGAUUGUUAAUGGGUUAGUUGAUUUAGGUGAACGAGCUGAAAAACAACGAUUAUUUGAAGAGAAUGAAGAAUUAGAAUUAGGUGAUAUUCCCGAUGAAUUCUUAGAUCCAUUAAUGUAUACACUUAUGGAAGAUCCUGUGAAAUUACCAAGUUCAAAGAUUAGUAUUGAUAGAUCUACUAUUAAAGCACAUUUAUUAAGUGAUAGUACAGAUCCAUUUAAUAGAGUUCCAUUAAAAUUAGAAGAUGUAUUGGAUGAUAUUGAAUUAAAGGAAAAGAUUGAAGAAUUUAAACGUCAAAAGAAGGCUCAAAAAAAAGUUGUUAAACUUGUUGAUGGAGAAGAUGUGAUAAUGGAAUAGAAAUAAAUAGUUACAUAAAUUAAACACAAGAAGUUAAUAAAACGUUAACAUAGAUAUUUUAUAUUAAACAAGAUAUGCUAUAUAUAACUAACAUACAUGGUGGAAGAUUUGGAAUGAGACUGUUUUGACUAUUAAAAAAGGGUUUAAGCUUUAAUAGCGAAUUUUCUUUGUGGGAAAGCGAUUCUUUGUUUUCUAGCUUUAUCAGUUUCAGCUCUAGCUUCGAAUUUAGUUAAUCUUCUUCUAAUAGCUCUAGUUUUUUUAGCUCUUAAAUCUUUUGGUUGAUAUUUCUUACCAGC